AUGGCCAGAGCGUCCGCGCUCGUCUCCGCUCCUGGCACCACGACGAGGUUCGGGCUGCCGGUUCUAUCGAUUCACAGGCCGCGCCCCGGCUCCGGCGUGUCUCCCGGGUGCCAAGGACAACGAGCAGGCAACUCACACCGGCGCUCUGUAUGCCGUUGCACGCAACGUUGCUGUCGUACUUCUCAAUUAGUAACGUUUUCUCACGUCUCGCCACGGCCCAGGCCAGGCCAGGCCAGGCCAGAUUUGUGUCGACCCGUCUGUGCUGAUUGUGCCGCACGCGUACAGACACAGACACACAGACACACACACACUAGUGGACAGACGAGUCGCGCCGAGAGACGAGCACACAUCGCCCGCCUGUCUCGGGCAGGGGCGAGACGCGCAUGCUCACCGUCCGCAGCCGACGCAGCGGCGACUGCUCGACGCCGCCUCGCGCAACAGCCAAUCACGGCGCCGAUUAGUCAACCGUGCUCGUGCCACUCGCUCAUUCGCCCGCCUGCGCCGCCCACGCAACCGACCGACCGACCGACCGACCGCACGCCCGUCCGGGGCGGGCCGAUGCGCGCGGCCGCAUUGCCCACUCGGCACGACCUCGAUCCGCUGCGCGCACGUCGCGCCACCAUCGCCGCUUCUCCUCUUGCCGACGCCGAAGCAGACGCCACCGACGGCGCUGUUUGUGUGUGUGUGUGUAUGCGUCUGAUUUCCCUCAUUGGAUCUAGGCGAUCGGGCCGCGACGCCGUCCGGCCCGCCCGGACGAUGCACCUGCUCUUCGACGCCUCUGUGAGUUGCCGCCCACGUGGCCUUUUCUCUAUCUCUCUCUCUCUCUUCCCAACACUUUUCUCCACCUCGUGGCAAAGUGACGCCGUGUGUGUGUGUGUGUGUGUGUGCCUGUGUUCGGGUGUGACUCGGCAGUCUCCGGCGCCCGGUCGUCUGGACGAAACUGUCGCGUGUUGGCACCAAAUUGAAGGCCACUCCAGCCUCACGCGUCUUCUCCGCCUCCUUCCUUUUCGUCCGACCCCGUACCACGCUCUGUUGCUAGGGCGACGCAAGAGCAUCCGGUCGCCGAAGGUGUCUGGCCGCGAUUCGGCUCGACGUUCCGACGGCGGCCGAGAUGCCUCUCCUCUUGCCGCCAGCCUCGCCCUGCCGGGUCGCCAAGGCGUUUUAGCCGAGUCGUCAGGACACGGCCAAGCAAGGCCUAAUCGCCGGCGUGUGUGCAUGCCGACCUCUUGCAGACGUGUCUGUGCACCGUGCUAUCGUGCACGCGUUUGCGCCGGUGUCAAGGUGUAA